AUGUCCGACGUUGCCGAGACUGUUGUUGCUCAAGAGCCGGAGGUUGUGAAGCCAAGCGAGGAGCAACCGGCCGAGACUCAGGAGGCUUCCGACGACAUCGUCGUCAUCGAAGAAAAGACCGAGCAGCAGUAAGUUAUUGUCUUCGCCUAUUCGAAUUCUUACCUCGCCUCUUUGUUCGCAUAUCUAGGUCAGAACAAUUGCAAGAGCGAGCCACUUUUUGCAUCCACCUGCGCGCGGGCGUUAAGAGGUGUUUUCACUGGAGGUCACUCCUAAGACGUGAAUAAUGCGAAGGCGGCCACGGGUAGAGGUCGUAACUGUAUUCAUCCAUCUGGAGGGGUUCUCAUCAGUAUGUCACCGUUUGCACAGAGUUGGGAGGUGCCAUAAAGACGGGAGAUGUGGGUGAAAGCAAAUACUGUCGAAGACGGAUGGUGAGCAGAUGGGGGCAACAGUAUGCACUGAUCGAUCCGCUCUUUUACAAAUGCGUAUGGUUGCAGGAACGGUGAGGCCAAGAGCGAGGAAUCGGAAGAUGCUGUCGCUGAGGAGAAGGACGAGGCUGAGGCCGCCGAGGAAGAGGAGAAGGCUGAGAACGGAGAAGCCAAGGACACCAAUGGAAACGUAAGCGCGAAUGGUUGAUUAGAGGUGACAAAUCGUGUUUUUUGCAGGACCGUAAGCGUGUCUCCAGCGCUCACGACGAGGCCGUCGACGAGGAAGACGAGGAGGAUGCUCCAUCGGUCAAGAAGACCAAGGUCGACGACGAGGUAAGCUUGCGGCAAAGGGUACUAAUUAGGGAUUCUUAGAAGAUACGGAUAGGCGCAUGCGGCUUAGUAAUAAUUAUGGGAUGCAUCAAGAUAGAGCAUUCAGAGAGCGUGGAUGUGUGCGAGUAAUGAUGAAUUCUUCAUCACUCAAUUCAUCUUGCGGGCCUGUUCAUAAUUCGCGUUUAUUUGCAGGUCGAUGUCGCUGCUACUGGAGACGCUCCAGCUGUCGCCGCCGAGUAA